UAUUUAUUUUUCUUUUUUUCUUGAAGGGAGUGAAUCAUAUCAGAUUCGUAACGUAACUUGGGCAUUUUAUCUAGGACGUGCUUAUCCACUUAUCUUAUAUUUGUUAGCGAUAAAGAUGUCUCACGUAUGUCAUUGAGAAGCUAUGCAAGUUUCAGUUGAUUUCAUCUGAUAUCUCUCACGAAGUUUUCUCGAUUUUCUAACAAUAGUGCACGGUGUACUGUUUACGCGAGAUAUCAAUAAUUGUAAUAACAAAUUGUGCAAAAUGGUGGUGAAAAAUUCUACCCCUCAGCUGGAACAGCAAAUUCAAUGUAUUAAGUUUACAAUAUUUUGCUUGAAUACCGUUAUGUGGAUUUUUGGAAGCGCGAUGUUCGGCUUAUGUUUAUGGCUAAGGUUUGAGCCAGUGUUUCAAGAUUGGAUAAUGUUCUUGGACAUGUACGAAUUUUACAUCGGCAUUUACGUAUUAAUGGCAACAUCCGUAUUCGUAAUAAUCAUUGCUUUCAUAGGCUGUGGCGCAGCUUUGAUGGAAAACAUUUUGGGUCUUUUUGCUCACGUGGGCCUUCAACUAUUUUGCUUCAUAUGCGGCUUAGCAGGUGCUGGUGUUGUUCUUGAUUAUUCAACUUACGAUAGCAAAAUUCAGCCCAUUAUAUACAGAUCAAUGAUUCAUCUUAUCAGUAAUUCUCAACAUGACAGGGCAGCUGAUAUUCUUAAAAUGAUUCAAGAAAACGUCGGUUGCUGUGGUGCUGACGGUCCGAUGGAUUACGUGAGAAUGUUAAAACCUUUGCCAAACGAAUGUCGUGACACUGUUACCGGAAAUGCCUUCUUUCACGGUUGCGUUGAAGAAAUUUCUUGGUUUUUAGAAGCAAGAUCAGGGUGGCUUGCUGGUUUGGCCCUCUCUUUGUGCAUGUUGCAUGUAAUAUUGGCGGUACUCACUUUAACACUUAUUCGUGCUAUUAAAAAAGAAGAGGAAUCUGUCACAUUCAAACAUUAAUAAAUAAAUUAAUUAAUUAAAUUGUAUGUGCUAA